AGGAAAUCCAGAUGCUGAAGGCAAGACGUGCUUGUCAUAGUUUAGGAAACAUGUAACUCUCUUCUAUACUUUUAAGUUCCACUGAUGACUUUGGAAUAGGUGGUUGACCAGAUUGACACACUGACAUCCGACCUGCAGCUGGAGGAUGAGAUGACAGAUAGUUCCAAAACAGACACACUCAACAGCAGCUCCAGCAGCACAACAGCUUCCAGUCUGGAGAAAGUCAAGGUGCGGGGCAGUGCACCACUCAUCAAGCCACCCGCACACCCCUCUGCUAUCCUCACCGUGCUGCGGAAGCCGAAUCCGCCCCCACCUCCACCACGACUGACACCUGUCAAGUGCGAUGAGCCUCCAAGGCUGACUCCUUCCACCAAUCCUGUCAAGACUAAUGGUACCCUGCUGCGAAAUGGAGGCUUGCCAGUUGGGCCCAACCGCAUCCCAAAUGGAGAUAUAUGCUGUAUACCGAACAGUAAUUUGGAGAAAGUUACAAUGCAGCCUCUGACGCACAGACCUGAGAAAGAGCGGUGUCCUCAGCCGGGAGCGAGGGAACGGGUACGAUUUAGUGAAAAAGUGCAGUACCAUGGCUAUUGCCCUGACUGUGAUGUUCGGUAUAACAUUAAAAACAGGGAGGUGCACUUGCACAGUGAGCCUGCCCGUGUUGUGGGAAAGUUGCCACACCAGUGCCCUCCUCUCCCACCUCCACCACCUCCACUGCCUCCAUUUCCUCUGGAAAAUGGAGGGUUGGGGAUAAGUCCCAGUAAUAGCUUUCCUCCACUGAGACCUGCGACUGUGCCUCCACAAACUGCACCAAAACCCCAGAAGACCAUCUUGAGGAAAUCAACCACUACAACAGUGUGAUGUAUGCCACUUGAAACAACUCUUUCUUUUAUCUUAUAUAUAAACAUAAAUAGGUAAUGAGCACUUUCUACUUGAGCAAUAAAAAGCCCCAAUGUAUUACUCCCUGUGCCCAGUGAAGUGGCAUAAAAAUCACGUGUGUCAACACUGACUGCAGAAUUCUUCAGGACCUGUGGGAGAAAGCUAGAGGAGAGUCUAAAUGGCAUUUCCAGAGAUCCUUGAGAGUCCAUAAGAGAAGGGAUAUGUCAGGAAAUGGAGAAGGUGAAUCACUGGCUGUGUAACUGAUGAACCUUUUAAUUUUCACCUUCAGGCUUGAAGGAAUAUCUAUAUCUGGAGGCACAUCAGUUAAUUAUUUGCAUAUCAGAUUCAACAUUGUGACUUCUUACAGGCCAGAUCUGAGAAGUAACAGGAACCUGAUGCUCCAUGGAAAAUGGAAAAGCCUUUCAAGACAGAGCACAACUGAUCAUGAGUGUAAUCUGCAUUGAAUCGUCUUUCUCAGAUCUGACAGCUACAUGCUGAGUCCUGGCAAAAGCCACAGCCUUAAAUUCCAUUUAAUGGGAAAGAAGAAUAAAGAGAACUAAAUAUCUUUCCCCACUGCAGAAACUGCUGUCUUCAUGCCUGACACCUGAGUUCUGUGCUGAGCAACCAGAGUAACAAACAAUCAGGUUUUCAUGGGUCCAGCCAGCAUCCAAAAAUAUUUCAGUAUGUAGCCAGAAGGAGAAAUACUUAGGUGACAGCAGAAAAGUAAUGUGUUUACUGUAACAGAGGAAUGUUACUGUCUGUGGGGAUAGAAGACCUCUGUCAUCCCUUGUACAUAUUCAAAGCCAUACAGGAACAGGGCAUCGGUGAUUGCUUAAAAGGAUGCUGUCUUUUGUCCUCCACCCAACUUUGAAGAAGUUCAGCUGUUAGAGAUUGCAUCUCAAUGCACUUCUAGUAUUUGCACUGUCACUUCCAUUCAGGGUAAUGAUGUGCACCUCCAUUUGCACAGAUGGCCCCAGGAGAUUUUUGACCACAACAAGCUAUAUUUUGCUGGGGCUUCAAAAGGAAUUUAAAAGUUAGAACUGAAGAAAAACCUUUGCGCUUUCUUUCACUAUGGGGAUCUCUUCACAGAAAGGACUAUGGUCCUUUCUUAGGUUUAAAUAAACACAUACAUAUACAUACAUAUAUAUAUAUAUGUAUAUAUAUGAAAAAGCAUCAACGUGAUAAGGUGUAUUUAAAAAGGGGAUAUAAUCUUUUUUAACAGCAUCCAUUUUUUAUCAUAUUAGCAAACAAGACAUUUAGUCUAUUGAAUUAUACAUCCAAAAUACUCUUACUGAACAUAGACAUUAUAGUCCCAGUUACUGUUAAAGAAGUCAUUUGUAAUAUGUAUUUGACAUUAAAUUUUUUCUAGCCAUUUGUCUAUACUUCAUGGAGAAAUCUAACAGACAAGCAGCAUUUUCAGUUUAUUUUUCUAAAUAAAUGUGCUGUUUAUGUUAUUUGCAGUCACUCAUUUUGGAUGAUUUUCGUUAUCUCCAGCCAUGAUUUAAAGACAGAACCAAAACGCAGGAAUUGUUUGUUCAUGUUAAGAUGUAAUGAUUUGCUGACCCAAAGCUUUAAUAUAAACAUUGUAAUUUGUAAAAUGAAGUAUAUUUAUACAGGCAAAUAUGUAUGGAAAACAAGAGGAAAUAUUUUAAUUCUUAAUUUCAGAACAUAGUUUAUUUUAAUAUCCGCAUGAAUAAAUCUAAAUAUAUAAUGGGACAGAUUUUUUUAUUAUGAGUAGGUUUAAGCAAUUUAAGAUUUGGAUGUUUAUGAAUGAAAGGAAUUUAAUCUAAUACUGGUGGUUUCCCAGAUUAUAGAGACUUUUUUUUCAGCUGCCUCAUUUUAUUCAAAAACUGGUUUAGUGUUUUUUUUUGUUU